AUGCAACCUGACUCCACGCUGCUAGCUUCGCCCUUCAAAUCUACUGGGUCCUUGGGAGGAGACGCUACAGGGGACCAUGUCACAGAGAGUCUGUUUUGGGAAGCUGGGCAUACAGGGGAAAUGGCAAUAGGAACGUCUUAUCCUAGAGGGCUAUAUGAUAUCCAUGAAUCUUCCGCUAUCCCUGACCAGUCUCUUAAUCCCUCCACACGUACAACUGGCAAGAGUUCAGUAGAUAUGAGUCCGGGGAAGGACGCUACCGCCUCGUGGACAGGUUUGUCUCAGAUGGCCACAGUGGUGCCCAGAGAGGCGAUCCCCAGUUACCCGUCGUCUAUCUCACAUUCCCUGGACGAUUUCUCUUAUCCGUCGCCGGCAGAUACGGGCUCCAGUAUUGGUUCUCUUGCCCCUUUCAACUUUUCACCAGCCACCAUGUCGCAGCCAAGUUCGUUCCUUCGACACUCUGCAGACGUCCCCGAACAGCCUUUGAGCCAUUCCUCGCCCGGACAAGGCGACACACCAGAUCAGGGACAACCUCACUCGCAAUAUUCAUCUCCUGCCGAUGCCGUCAGUAUCUAUGCCCCUUACCAGUCACAGAGUCCAUCAGAUCCUCACGAGGGUAUGUCCCCUCUGUUCAAAAGUCCACAGCUUUUUGCAUCACCUAGUGUUGCCCAAGAUACCGAAUCGAUGCCAGCGGGCGUGGCUAGUAGCACUGAGGAUUUCUUCAACAAAAUCAUGAAUAGCCCCGUAUUAUCUGAAAAUCGUCCGCAGGUUCAUGCCGGCGAGCCACUGGCCACUGACGAUUUUAAGACUUUGAGCAUGGGCCAUGCGGUUGAUGUACCCGGGGGAUUCUCGAGCGCCGAAAGGAAGUGGCAUGCCUAUCUCACCAGCGUUACAGAUAAUUAUGGUUUAGACUGUGGCCGUCCAGACCUGGAUUUAAAUAAGAAUGACGACCAUUCAGCCAUUGACAUCAAUUACGCCCUGGAUUUAAUCAACUCACAAAGUGAAUCGUCUGCGACGUCUAGCGAUCGACCUGGGGAUUCCUCGUCCGCGGAUUCGAAACAAAUUCGCUUGGAUGGUGCGAAGUUUGCUUAUUACGCAUCACCUGUACCAAUCAACAUCCCGCGUUAUUUAUCGCCGUUGCCCCAAGCUCUAGUGCAGACGCCUAUCAACCUGAUGUAUUUCCAUCAUUUUAUCAACCAUACGGCGAGAAUGCUGGUUCCGCAUGACUGUAGCGAUAAUCCAUUUGUUUCCGUUCUACCUUCAAGUGAGUCACGGGCACGUCUGCUUUCUAUUCACGUUGACCACUUUACCCUGCGCCAGUGUGCUGACCUAAUAGUGGCUAUUGGGGAUUCGAACCUACUGAAUCUUAUGCUAGCGUACUCUGCUAGUCACCGUGCAAGAUAUCUGGAGCAUCCAGAACCUACUACUCGUAUCGCGCACUGGGUCAGCAAUGUCUUCCCGGCAUUGCGCGUAGCACUGGAAGAUCCACAUGAGAAGGUCACUGACAACCAUCUUGCUACGGCAAUCAUGCUGCUUUCCCUGAAGAUCAUAUCACCCGGCACCUUCGAAAUGAUGUACCCAGGAAGUCGUAUUGGCCCAUUUCUCGCUCGCUGGCUAGGAUAUCUCGACAUCAUGGGAACCCUCUCUUGCCGACACACGGAACCACCCUUGUCUGAAUACUACUCUCUUAUUAGCACAUGCUAUUCAGUUGAAGGACUGGAUGAAUACUGUGUCGACUGUUUCUCCGGCUUUACGCCCCGAACGGGCCUGUUCUUGACUAGGUUGGGGAAACUGGUACAUCAGUGUGACAACGAACGAUUUGAUGAGAUAGGAAUGUGGAUUUCUGGUUGGAGGCCUUCGGCCGAUAUCAUUCUCGAAGCUCAAGAAUUAAUAAAUGAUCUUGAAAUUCUCCGUACCCGCGCUCACGCUAACUCAAGGCAUUUCCGGGAGUCGGGAGCUACAGAUAUCAUCGCUAGUGAUAGAGCCUUUUAUUACGCAGGCUUAUUACACCUCCACCGGCGCGUCUUAGGCACAUCUCCAUUUUCUACCCCAGUCAAGGAUGCUCUAGAGGGGCUUAGGGAGGCCCUCGCACAGAUCAGAUUCGGGCCAUCCGCUGAGGUCGGAACCCUCUUUUGCUGGUUCACUGCGGGCUGUGAAGCCCAGGAUCCUGGACAGAGGAUGGAUAUCCAGGAGCGAUUCGAAGUGCUAGAGAAAACUGGGAUGAAACAGAUCAACCAUGCUCGCAAGCUAAUGCAGCGUUGCUGGGAUGAAAAUUUGCCAUGGAUUGCUUUGGCGCGUGGGGAGUUUCUUGGAUAG